UCCCCAGCGAUCAACUGGCGGGAGCAGACGACUGAAAUUUCCAUCCCACCUUCUCUCAUCGCAGCCAUCGGAAAGAUGAAACCCUAGAAGCAUCUCUCUCUCUCUCUCUCUCUCUCUCUCUCUCGCUGCAACAGCAAUGGAGGAGGAAGAGAUCGAGAAGGCAGUUCUAGCUUACCUGAAGAAGAAGGGUUUCAAGCAAACGGAGCUCGCUCUCCAGGAAGAGCAGCAGAGCAAGAAUCCCUCGGCUUCACAGACCGAUCCUGACGUUGCCAAACGUAUUCUCUUCUUCGCCGAAUCAGAGAAUGGUCCGGCGCGAUACCAAGAUGGUUAUAGCAAACUAAGAUCAUGGACAUAUAGUUCAUUGGAUUUGUACAAGCAUGAGUUGCUUCGGGUGUUGUAUCCUGUAUUUAUCCAUUGCUUUAUGGAUCUUGUGGCAAAAGGGCAUACACAGGAAGCUCGAGCUUUUUUUAAUAGCUUCCGUGAAGACCAUGAACUGAUUCAUUUACGGGACCUUCAGAAAUUGGAAGGGAUUCUUUCUCCCUCACACUUGGAGGAGAUGGAAUUCGCUCAUACUCUUAGGCAGAGCAAGGUCAACAUAAAGAUAUGCCAGUAUUCGUACGAACUUCUACUGCAAUAUCUACACAAGACGCAAUCCAUAACUAUGCUUGGAAUAGUCAAUGAACGCAUCAAUUUCCAAGUCUCUCCUGGACAGCCCAGCUCAAUUUCUGAUGAUGCAGAGGCUGUAACUCUAAUUGGUAGUAGCCAGGAUACUGCUAAUCAGAUAAAUCAGAAAGAAAUACUGUGGGGGUUGCUUGAGGAUUCUUUAGAAGAACGUUUGGAAAAGUCCUCAGGUUUGCUUUCAGUUUCUGAAAAAGUAGAAGGCGAAAACAAAGAUGGGGAUGUGGAAGAGAACAAGAAGAAAUUACCGGAGGGAGGAAAGCAAGGAAAUUCUAUCAAGAAGUUGAAGAAGGACAAAAAUGUUGGUGCAACUGGAAAAAGUGUUCGCUCCGAGACAAACACUAUUUCCAUGGCUCCUCGAGUGAAACCAGAGCUGGCCUUGCCCACAAUGUCAACAGAAGUAGAACAUUCUAUUCUUGAGGACCUAAGAAACCGAGUGCAGUUGAGUAGCCUGGCACUGCCGUCUAUCAGCUUUUAUACCUUUAUUAACACACAUAAUGGUUUGAACUGUUCAUCAAUUUCCCAUGAUGGUUCGCUGGUUGCUGGUGGAUUCUCUGACUCUUCCCUGAAGGUUUGGGACAUGUCAAAGAUCGGUCGACAAGCUAACACUAUUAAUGUGCAGGGAGAAAACGAAUCUGUUCCUAGUGAGCAAUUGCUAGGUUCGGAGGAUGGGAAAAGAUCUUAUACAUUGUUUCAGGGGCACGCUGGGCCUGUUUAUUCAACUACAUUUAGUCCUCUUGGGGACUUUAUUCUGUCUUCUUCUUCAGACUCAACAAUUCGAUUGUGGAGCACCAAGUUGAAUGCAAAUCUUGUGUGCUACAAGGGUCACAAUUACCCAGUUUGGGAUGUUCAGUUCAGUCCCGUGGGACAUUAUUUUGCCAGCUCUUCUCAUGAUCGAACCGCUAGGAUUUGGUCCAUGGAUAGAAUCCAACCUUUACGGAUAAUGGCUGGACAUUUAUCUGAUGUUGAUUGUGUUCAAUGGCAUGCAAACUGUAACUACAUUGCAACUGGGUCUAGUGACAAGACGGUUAGAUUAUGGGAUGUUCAAAGUGGGGAAUGUGUUCGUAUUUUCAUUGGUCACCGGAGUAUGAUAUUGUCAUUAGCAAUGUCACCAGAUGGGCGAUAUAUGGCAUCUGGAGAUGAGGAUGGGACGAUCAUGAUGUGGGAUCUAUCAAGUGGUCGCUGUGUUACACCUUUAAUGGGGCACACCUCUUGUGUAUGGACACUCGCUUUCAGCUGUGAAGGUUCACUGCUGGCAUCUGGGUCUGCAGAUUGCACUGUAAAGCUAUGGGAUGUUACUGCAAGCACAAAGGCCCCAAAGACAGAAGACAGCAAAAGUGGAAGCGCAAACAGGCUGAGAUCAUUAAAGGCUCUGCCUACCAAAUCCACCCCCGUCUAUUCUCUGCGGUUCUCUCGGAGGAAUCUUUUAUUUGCGGCCGGAGUUCUCUCAAAAGGUGCAUGAAUAUGAGAUACCUUUGCAGCAUGUAUGAUUAUUUAUUUCACAUGCAACCUCACCUUA